GUUCCCCCUUCACCAAGUGACCGAAUCAAACAAAAACAUGGCGUUUGAGUGGACGAGCAGAGAUGAAGUUAUUACAUACACUUUCAACAAGUACGAUACCUCUUUUACAGGAGRAUUGUCAGCAGAAAAAUUACAGGCUUUGCACGCUGAAAUUAGAGAUGGAGGUAUAAGUAUUCCUCAAGUUAGAGCAUCCAUUUCUGAAGUGUGUGCUACAGACACUUGCGACAAAGAUGAACUUUUCGAUGUUUUAAACGAAAUGGACAGAAGAUAUUUCUUGGUUAGAGAUCUAAGGUGGGAGUUUUCAAUGCUUGACAGAGAGCGUAAAGGAACUAUAAGUGAAAGAAGUGCAAAGUUUUUAUUCCAAGCARUUCACGAUGACUUUUUUUCGCAACGUCGCUGGGUAAAAUUCCUGCGUAGUCGAGCAGCUCCAGGAUCAGAGAUCAGCUUUGCAGAGAUCGAAGUUCCUCUUUGUAAUAUCCCUACGCUYGAUUGGCUCGAAGAAGAAAAAGAAGAAGAAGAAAGAGAAAAGGAUGAGCUUUUUAGGAAGAAGCAGCAGAAGGAACAAGAGAAAGAAGCUGCCAAGAAGAAAGCUGAAGCGAAGGCAAAACUAGAACAAGAAGCUGAGAAAAGAAAAUUGGAAGCUACGAAAAGAAGAAAGACAGAAGAAGAGACUCGAAGGAAAGCUGAAGAAGAUGAGAAAAAUCGACGUAUUCAGUUAGCCAAGGAUGCAGAAGAGCAGCGUAAACUGGAGGAAGAAGAAAGAAAAUUACGAGAAAAGGAAGAAAGGGAAUUGGAAGAUGAAAGAAGGAGAAAAGAGGAAGAUGAAUUGAAAAGACAAGAGGAAGMAAGAAAGCGAAAAGAAGAAGAAGAAGCUCAACAGAAGUGGAAGAAAGAAGAACUUUUAAGACAACAACAGCUGGAAAAAGAAAAAGAAGARAAAGAGAGAGAAGAACGAUUAAGAAUAGAAAAAGAAGAAGCCAUGGAGGCAGAGGAUCUCGCUGAUGAAGCUGCUGYGGCUGAGGAGGCUGCAGCUGAAGCAGCAAAGAAAGCAGCCGAAGAAGCACAGAAAGCCACUGAUGAAGCAAGUCGUAAAGCUGCUGAAGAAGCUGAGAAAAAAGCUCUUGCUGAAGCAAUGGCAAACAAAGAAAAGAGAUUAAGAGCUAAUUUGAAGGCUUCUGUUAAAUCAAGAAAGACAGAAAAACUUGAACCUGCAAUCAAAGAAGCAAAAGCUGCAAAGAUGGCAGGUCUCAAAAAAGAUAUUGAUGAUGCUGAAAAGACGCUGAGCAAUGUAAAAGCAGGAAAAGCACUCAAAGAUGCAAUAAAUAGAAGACACCUUGGAGACAUCGAGAAAUCCAUGUCAUUUAUUCGCAAAAAUGGUUAUGAGAAAGACUGGGGACCUGAGCUCAAGGAAGGAGAGAAAUUAGCCAACCGCCUUCGUAGGCUUGAAAGGAUAAGAGCCGAGAUUCUAGAGCUUAAACAGAGUGUUAUCUCAGAAAUCCGUAGUUAUCAAAAUCCACCUCCAGCUGUGCACAAGGUCAUGAUAUCUGUUUACAUAUUACUUGGUUACAAAGAAAAAGAGUUAUUAAACUGGAAACACAUGCAGGCUUUACUUGGGAAAACAGGAAAAGAAGGUUUAAAAAGACAAGUUACUUCACUGGAUCCACUACAUGUUGAGAUGGAACAUGCCAAUUAUGCUCAAUCUAAAUACCUUGCUGACUUGGACUUGGAGAUAGUACGGGAUAUUAGUGCUGGAGCUGCAACAUUUUAUGCAUGGGCUACUAACAUGAUAGAAGAAGUGCACUCAGUUGCUGAACACAAAGAAAGGCUUCUUGAAGAAGAACGAAUACGUAAGAAAGAAGAGGAAGAAGAGAAAAAGAAACAAGAAGAAAGAAAGAAAGCAAAAGAAACAGCAGCAAGAAGAGCACCACUAACAAAAAGAUCCUCUCAARUGCCUGCMAAAAAGCUUUCAAAAGAUGAACAGAGGUCAAGGGACCCUAGUGUUGGAAGAAAGGAGUCUCAAGAAGAUUCAAGAUCAAGAAGUAGAAGUGUGCCUAGAGGAAGGGAAAACACCAAAGACUCAUUAAGCAAAUCUCCAGGCAGGCCUGGUGUUGCUAAGAGAACUACUAGUAAAUCCCCAGCAAGGGUGUAAUCAGAUAUAAAUAUUCAUAAAUUCAGUUGUACAUAAUUAAUUGCAUUGUCUGGAGGGCCCACUUUCACAUGGAACACAACACCUAAGUAGCGAUUGCAACUUUAGAGGGUCAAAAUUAUGCUAAUUUAAAUUACUGCUUUGGAGCCAUUUGCAGAAWACCACCCAAUUGACUAUAAAGUUCAAUGCAAUCUUAACUUAUUUUUAGUCUAGAGAAAGGAAUUACAGCAUAAGUACCACCUUCAGAUCACAAAAAAAAACUAAUGUAGCUUGAAAUAGCACUGCAACAGUUUCCAUUGUACAGGAGAGGUAAAAAUCUUGUUCAUGUUUCUCUAUUAAGAAAGAGUGAAAAACAUUCACUAUGAUCCAACAUAAAUGUCUUUAGAAGURGACUUUGCUAAUGAAGUCAAAGAUACUGUAAAUACACCAACUUAUGAAAGACUAUCUUUUUUUAUUUUUCUAUAACUGCUGAGUCAUAGAACCAGGAUUGAUUUGGAAAUUACACGUAUGUUUUACAAUAAAAGAUGCUAUACAAUGCGUAGUAAUGGACUACAUUUUGGCUACUAUCACCUACAACUACUGGGAUAUCAUUUCAUGGUCUAUCGAUUGAGUAGUCUGUAUCCCAUACGAAGAGCCUCUGCAGCACUGUGAAAACAAAAUAAAAAUGAAAAUUAUUGAUAACCAAUUGUUAAUUAUUGCACAAGCACAAACAUAUCAAUAUGAAUAAUAAAAUAUCUUUCAGACAGCUA